AUGACCUCCACCACUUCGACUGCUGUCAUCAACGUGCUGCGUCGCUUGUUUGCCACCCACGGACAGCUGGACGUGUUGGUGAAUGACAACGGCGCACAAUUUGUUUCUCAGGAGUUCAGUCAGUUCCUGUCUGAUAACGGAAUCAGGCAACUGACAUCGGCUCCGUUCCACCCGGCCUCUAAUGGCCAGGCAGAAAGAAUGGUCCGAACGACCAAAGAAGCCCUUGCCAAGCUAAUGCAGGGCGAUUGGGGGGUAAAACUGGCCUCGUUCUUACUGCGCCAGCACGUUACCUCGUGCUCAGCCACAGGCCGCAGCCCGGCCGAGCUGCUGAUGGGGCAUCGCCUUACUACCUUGUUAGAUCGUCUCCAUCCAGAUCUGAAUGAUCUUAAGCCCCAGCAGCAGAGUGUGCUCCCUAAGGUCCGCACUUACGAACCCGGUGACAAGGUAUUCAGCCGUAACUAUUCAGGGGGUCACUUGUGGCUACCAGCCACUGUAAUUGUAUGUCUCGGUUCCAGAAUGUAUGUGGUUGAGCUUGCUGAUGGACGCAAGUGGCGACACCACAUAGACCAGCUUAGGCAGCGGUGGGCAAAGGAAUGCCUAGACUCCCAGCCAGCUGAGUCCCCAGAACCAGAGGACCAUCCCAGACCUCCUCCGGAGCUUUGCCUUUGAGGAAACAGAGCUAGCCAUAUCUCCCCAGGAUAUGAUGAGAAUGGUAUUACCCUCGCUUUCAGUAGAGAGACUGCUGGUUACCUUCUGUCAGUGAGCAACUGUCUGGCUGCAGAGCGGAAGCACGGCUUGUCUCUUUUGUCUGGGUAUACAGAAUAGCUUCUUGGAUAGCAGGGUUUCUUCAGAAUGACAAUGUACAAGAGCAAGCGCAGAAACCAAAGAUACAUCAAUAUGGCAGGAGAACCAAAACCAUACAGACCAAAGCCAGGAAACAAGCGGCCAAUUUCUGCUCUUUACAGACUUGAAUCAAAGGAGCCUUUCCUGUCCGUUGGCAGUUAUGUCUUUGAUUAUGAUUACUACAGAGAUGAUUUCUACAACCGAUUGUUUGAUUACCACACCCGGGUCCCUCCACCACCUCGUGCAGUGAUUCCAGUGAAACGUCCACGUGUAACAGUUACAGCAACCCGGCGAGGAAAGGGUGUAUUUUCCAUUAAAGGAGGAUCACGAUCUACAUCAAGUGGAGCUUCUUCAUCAGGAUCGAAAUUGAAAUCAGAUGAGUUGCAAACAAUCAAGAAGGAAUUAACUCAAAUCAAAACAAAAAUUGACUCUUUGCUAGGGAGACUGGAGAAGAUUGAAAAGCAGCAGAAGGCUGAAGCAGAAGCCCAGAAGAAACAAAUAGAAGACAGUGUGGAACUGAUUCAAGAGGAAUGUAUAUCGGAGAAUGCAGACAACUCUACAGAAGAGCCUAUUGAAGGAGGACUAGAUGCAGAUGGUGAUGGGGAAGAGAUGACUGAUGGCAUAGAGGAGGAUUUUGACGAAGAUGGAAGCAGUGAGCUGUACAAAGUCGGCAGAGUGGGAAAGCAACACGCCUCCUUGGCGACCUGUUCAAUGCUGGUCAUUCUGGCCAAUUUGUCGGGAGCUUUGCUCUGGGUGACUGGAGAGGAGCGAACGUAA